ACUGAAAAUACACUCCGAUCUUCACUCUCCAUUUCCCGUCCGCUUGAUUUCCAUUAGACGGUGAGAACCAUGCCGAUCCGAAACAUAGCCGUGGGCCGACCCGAAGAGGCGACUCAACCGGACGCACUCAGAGCAGCUUUGGCUGAGUUCAUCUCCACACUCAUCUUCGUUUUCGCCGGGUCAGGCUCCGGCAUGGCCUUUAACAAGUUGACCGACAACGGAGCCACCACCCCGGCCGGUCUCGUUGCCGCUUCUAUAGCUCACGGCUUAGGACUUUUCGUCGCUGUAUCCGUCGGCGCUAACAUCUCCGGCGGUCACGUCAAUCCCGCCGUCACUUUCGGCGCUUUCGUCGGCGGGAACAUCAGUCUUUUACGCGGCAUCCUUUACUGGAUCGCUCAACUACUUGGCUCAACCGUCGCUUGCCUCUUGCUCAAGUUCGCUACUAGUGACAUGACCGUACCGGCUUUCGGACUUUCAUCGGGAGUAGGUGUGUGGAACGCGGUCGUUUUUGAGAUCGUGAUGACUUUCGGAUUGGUCUACACGGUUUACGCCACGGCCGUCGAUCCUAAAAAAGGAGACCUAGGAGUGAUCGCACCGUUGGCGAUCGGUUUUAUCGUGGGAGCCAAUAUCUUGGCCGGUGGUGCCUUUGAUGGAGCUUCGAUGAACCCAGCCGUUUCGUUCGGGCCGGCUUUGGUCAGCUGGUCCUGGGACAACCACUGGAUCUAUUGGCUCGGACCGCUUAUCGGUGGUGGUCUAGCUGGUCUCAUUUACGAGUUCGCCUUCAUUAACCAAAGCCAUGAGCAACUCCCUCCCACCGAUUAUUGAAACCUGUUUAAUUUAUCAUGAAAACGGUUUUUUCCUUUUCUUUUCCUGGUGUAUGUAUUUUGUUGAGCUUUUCUUUUGUGUUUAAUUUGUGACCGUUGAUCAUGCUUACUUUAUCAUGAUCAUCAUCCAAUGGCUGAUGUUGUUUGUGAAUUUGUGUUAAUGCUCCUCUGUUUUCUAUAAUUGUAUUUUUAAAGUUUAUAUUUAAUAUAUUGUCAACAUAUAAAUCUCUAAA